AAAGUAAAACAAAAAAUAAAAGUAAAUAGAAUUAUUCAUAUAUUAUUCCAUAUUCGGCAAUUGAAUUUCGGCAGAUAUGUUGCGCAACGUGAAUGAAUUUGUGAGGCGAAACACGUUUGUUCGCUUUCGUCCCGAGCCGUUGAACGACUUCCAGGAGGAGUCGCCCAUCCAGCGUGUGCUGAGCAGAGUCACGGAGUUCUAUAAGUGCUUCAUCGCAAACUGCCAGAGGCUGAAGUUGAAAUAUCUUCGGCUGCGCGACCGUAUGAACAGCUGGAGCCACCAUCGCUACGACACUGGCCUGGCGAGCCUCGAUGAUUUGGCAGCCAACUCGGAGACGCUCGACUUUAAGACGACCAAAAUACGCUAUGUCGUCUGCCAUCCGACGGACAAUCAGCGCUGUCUGCUGACCUGCAACGAUGUGGCCCUGGUCUAUCAGGAUAUGUGCUUGAAGCCCCAUUACCUGAUAUCGCCGAAGCAGCGCAAUAUCAGCUGCGCCGCCUUUCGACCCUGGGAUGGCACUCACUUGGCGGUCGGCGGGGAGGGCGGGAUUUGCGUGUGGUCGAUCUCGAAGGCGGGCGUCAAGUCGAUGGUCUGGUACGACUACCGCGAGGAGGAGUUCAUUUACGAUCUGCAGUGGCUCCAGGGGGGCAGCCUCCUGGGCAGCGCCUCGCUGGGCAAUCAACGCAUACAGAUCUGGCAUACGGCACUGAGGCUGGUGCUGCAGGAGCUAUAUAUGCCCGUCUCGGGCACCAACUACUGGGCGCUGCGCCACCCCCUGGACUUGAUGUAUCUCAUCUACUACAUUAGGGAGCGCUCCUCUCUGUACGGCUAUCGCAACAACAUGGACGUCAUGAGCAACAAGCUGGUCAAGCGCAUGCCCCUGCAGACGGCCGCAUGGACCGCCAAGGGCAACCACUUGCUCUAUGUGCUCAAGGGCUCCAGCAAGGUGAUGGGCGCCAGCUCGAGCAAGGACGUCGGCAUCUUCAAGCAGGAGAAUAAGGUGUGGAGCAGCCGGGAGGUCAUCGAUCUGGACCGCUUCUUUUGCAACUGGCACCAGUGCGUGGGUGGCCCCAUCCAGUCCAUGGCCAUGGAUCCCGUUCAUGUUUACGUCACAUUCACGUUCACCAACCAGUCGUUCAUUCUGCUCUGCGUCCUGCACAUUCCCUUGAACUGCUGCAUCAAGCUGCAUCCACUGCAGAUCAUUAACAGCCCCGUUCCGGGCCUGUGUGGCCGGCCCAGCUGCCACACCUUUGGCAAUUCGCGUCUCUCGGGCGAGAAUAUAGAGCGUAGCCUGGUCAUCUGCUGGUCCUCCAGCCAUUUGCAGAUUGAGGAGCUCACUGCCCAGACUAGGGAGGACGCUCUGCUGUUUGAGGAGCACGAAAUACCAUUUAAACACGACAUUUACCAGAUUGGGAAGAAUUAA